GAAUACUCCAGUUAUGUAUGCUGUACUGGUAUUGCUGCUCAUUUUCCUGACAGCUGCAACGGAUACUCAGCGGCGAAAUAAGUAUGCUGCACAGAAUAAAGAAGUUGAUCCUAUCCCUGAAUCAGUACACAAGUAUAUAGAAGCAUACGCCAAUGCCUACUAUAAAGCGAAAACGGCUGAGUUCUCCAGACGCGAAAAAGCAGCAUCUUAUAAUACGGAAAAUGGUGACAGAUGGUUCAAAAACGAGGUCAAACGAUUGGAGGCUAUACACGAAGCUGGAUGGUUUAGAGAUUAUGUUAGACGUGUUGAUCCGAGAAACAGAUUUUUACAACAACAAAGUGAAGAGGAAUAUGCAAAAGCCGCCAGAACGCCCUCUCAAUUAGAUACCUAUAUGUCUGAAAAUCUCAACAUCAAUAAGGAAAUACUCAAUAAGUGGACCAGCAGAUUGGACCUUGACACUGAAGUCGACAAACAUUUAACGACAAACCGUCAGACAAACAGUCAACCAGAAAAUGUGAAUGAUAUACGAUCAGAAUUCAGAAAACUAGAACAGGAAUAUUACAAACAGAAAGCUGAAACAAACAACCUACUAGAGUUAGCAGUUCACGAAAGUCUAAACUCGGGGAAUGCCAACAAUGCGGCCUGGAAUAAAGUAAAACCUACAGCAGCAGUUAUAUCCUCUGAAGAUGAAAUCCUUGAUUAUGUUGAAAUUAUUGAAGAUUAUCAAUGGGAUUUGGUAGAAAUCGAAAACAAAAUCAGAACAGAAAGAGAUGGAAGAGCUAGGCAGACGUUGCUACAAGAGAAAGAAGAUACCAAACGGCAAUUAAAAGAAAAUGAAGAACUAUUAAACAGACUUCUAAAUUCAAAGGGUAAAGUCGUUGGCAAGGCAUUUGCAGAGGAUGUGAAAGUAAAACAAAAAGGCACUCAGAGCAAUAAAGCAUUGGAUAACUUUUACUCCCAUUUAUGGGAUUUAAAACACAAAGUCAUUAACCUUGAAGUUCUAAGAAUUAAAUACUUAAAAACAAUGUCUAAAAAUGAAAGAAUAACUGAAAUGAAACGUGCCAUGGAUGAAGAAAUCAAAAAAUGAAAGACCUGAGAUCAUUUCAAGGAGAUAAUCUGAAGAACACCGGACACCUAUUAUCCUCGUAAUAUUA